UUGGAGUAAUUUUCUGGUACAGACUAUGAGCGGAAUGCAGUGAAAAAUCUGGCCAACAGUGAAAAUUUUGGCUUUAUCCUCAACUUAGUAUAGCAUUUCUUCUCUUUAGUCGCACCUCAUAAUAGAAGAAAAAUGUAUGGAAGUGCAAGAACAAUCACCAAUCUGGAAGGGAGCCCUUCCAGAUCUCCUCGUUUGCCAAGGUCUCCUCGUUUGGGCCACCGAAGAACAAGUAGUGGGGGAGGUGGAGGAGCGGGCAAGACUCUGUCCAUGGAGAAUAUCCAGUCCCUUAAUGCAGCCUAUGCUACGUCUGGACCCAUGUAUCUGAGUGAUCAUGAAGGGGUGGCUUCGACAACUUACCCAAAGGGCACCAUGACUCUGGGAAGGGCCACAAAUAGAGCUGUAUAUGGAGGUCGCGUCACAGCCAUGGGGAGUAGUCCCAAUAUUGCUUCUGCUGGACUUUCCCACACAGAUGUCCUUUCUUACACAGAUCAACAUAUAGGUUUGACCAGCUCAUCCCAUCAUCACCACCACCAGGUCCCCUCCAUGUUGAGGCAGGUAAGGGACAGCACAAUGUUAGACCUUCAAGCCCAGCUCAAGGAACUGCAGAGAGAGAAUGAACUCCUUCGGAAAGAGUUAGACAUCAAGGACAGCAAGUUGGGGUCUUCCAUGAACAGUAUCAAGACCUUCUGGAGUCCAGAGCUCAAGAAGGAGAGAGUCUUGAGGAAAGAAGAAGCAGCCCGGAUGUCUGUCCUCAAGGAGCAGAUGAGGGUUUCCCAUGAAGAAAAUCAGUUGCUGGAUGCCAGAAGAACCAAGCACCUGCAGUUGACAAUCCAGGCCCUUCAGGAUGAGCUGCGAACCCAGAGAGACCUCAACCACCUCCUGCAGCAAGAGAGCGGCAACCGCGGCGCCGAGCACUUCACCAUCGAGCUGACGGAGGAGAACUUCCGGCGGCUGCAAGCAGAGCAUGACCGGCAGGCUAAGGAGCUGUUCCUAUUGAGGAAGACCUUGGAGGAAAUGGAGCUGAGGAUCGAAACGCAGAAACAGACCCUCAAUGCCCGAGACGAGUCCAUUAAAAAGCUGCUGGAGAUGUUACAAAGUAAAGGUUUGCCGUCCAAAAGUCUGGAGGAAGACAAUGAACGGACGCGGCGGGUGGCCGAGGCCGAGUCUCAGGUCAGCCACUUGGAGGUGAUUUUAGACCAGAAAGAGAAGGAAAACAUACAUCUGAGAGAGGAAUUGCACCGGAGAAGCCAACUUCAGCCGGAGCCAGCCAAGACGAAGGCUCUCCAGACUGUCAUUGAGAUGAAGGACACAAAAAUUGCUUCAUUGGAGCGAAACAUAAGGGAUCUUGAGGAUGAGAUCCAGAUGUUAAAAGCCAAUGGUGUGCUGAACACUGAGGACCGUGAAGAAGAGAUCAAACAAAUAGAGGUUUACAAAAGUCACUCCAAGUUCAUGAAAACCAAGAUUGAUCAGCUAAAGCAGGAACUUUCAAAGAAGGAAUCAGAACUUCUUGCCUUACAAACAAAGCUUGAAACCCUUAGCAAUCAAAAUUCAGAUUGCAAGCAACACAUUGAAGUGCUUAAAGAGUCGCUUACUGCCAAAGAACAGCGGGCUGCCAUUCUUCAAACCGAGGUAGAUGCGCUGAGAUUACGCCUGGAAGAGAAAGAAUCUUUUCUCAAUAAAAAAACAAAACAGCUGCAAGAUCUCACGGAAGAGAAGGGGACGCUGGCCGGGGAGAUCCGUGACAUGAAGGAUAUGUUAGAAGUGAAGGAAAGGAAAAUCAAUGUUCUUCAGAAAAAGAUUGAAAACUUGCAAGAACAACUUAGGGAUAAAGACAAGCAACUGACCAAUCUGAAGGACAGAGUGAAGUCCUUGCAGACAGAUUCCAGUAACACCGACACUGCCCUGGCGACACUCGAGGAGGCCUUGUCAGAGAAGGAAAGAAUUAUUGAGCGCUUGAAAGAACAGCGGGAAAGAGAUGAUCGGGAAAGACUAGAAGAGAUAGAAUCUUUCCGAAAAGAGAACAAAGACCUGAAAGACAAGGUCAAUGCUUUGCAAGCUGAACUGACUGAGAAAGAGUCUAGUUUAAUUGACCUCAAGGAGCACGCAUCUUCACUAGCCUCAGCAGGGCUGAAAAGGGACUCGAAAUUAAAAUCUCUAGAAAUAGCCAUCGAACAAAAGAAAGAAGAAUGUAGCAAACUGGAAGCACAGUUAAAAAAGCAAGCUGAGCAGUUGUUCAAUCAGAUGUACAACCCAGCUCAUAAUAUUGAAGAUGACUCCAGGAUGAACCCCGAGUUUGCAGACCGAAUAAAACAGCUUGAUAAAGAGGCAUCUUACUAUCGCGAUGAGUGUGGCAAGGCCCAAGCUGAAGUCGACAGGUUGCUGGAGAUCCUCAAGGAGGUGGAGAAUGAAAAGAAUGACAAGGACAAGAAGAUCGCGGAACUUGAGAGCUUGACUUUCAGGCAUAUGAAGGAUCAGAAUAAGAAGGUGGCCAACCUCAAGCACAACCAGCAGCUGGAAAAGAAGAAGAACGCCCAGCUCCUGGAGGAAGUGCGCCGGCGGGAAGAUAGCAUGGCUGACCCCUCCCAGCACCUGCAGAUAGAGGAGCUGAUGAACGCCCUGGAGAAGACCAGACAGGAGCUGGACGCCACCAAGGCACGCCUGGCCUCCACACAGCAGUCCCUGGCUGAAAAGGAAGCGCACUUGGCCAACCUCCGAAUAGAGAGGAGGAAACAGCUGGAGGAGAUCCUGGAGAUGAAACAGGAAGCUCUGCUUGCGGCAAUCAGUGAGAAAGAUGCAAACAUCGCCCUGCUGGAACUGUCUGCCUCCAAAAAGAAGAAGACGCAGGAAGAAGUGAUGGCCCUCAAGCGGGAGAAAGACCGACUGGUGCACCAGCUAAAGCAGCAGGUUUAUAGACCUAGGAAACAGCCCCUGAGCUCGAAUAUACCAUGCACUUGUGAUGCUUGCUACAGCCCAGAUAUUACGGCCAAGUACCACGGGUCCAGCUACGAUGCACACAUGAUCCAAAGGUCUCAGUAUUCUAGGCAUACACCAUCACCAACCUAUAGGAGUCGUAGGAGAGAUGAGACCUGUUUGCCAAAUGAUGACCACAAAAUGACCCAGAACAGGAUGAAGCUGAUGGCGGACAACUACGACGAGGAUCACCACUACCACCACCACCACCACCACCACCACCACCACCGGUCUCCUGGGAGGUCGCAGCAUUCUAAUCACAGGCCCUCUCCCGACCAGGAUGACGAGGAGGGCAUAUGGGCAUAGCCGGGCCUGUAAACCAAAGUUCCAGUUUUGUUUUGAGGGAUGAUCCAGCUCUGUUGGAGGCACGGAGGCACAGUCAAAUCUCAUGCUGUACAUUGAUCACCUGUCCAACCUUUGCCUAGAGUGGGAGCCCCCAGUUCCUUCAAGAGAUCCACCUUUACCUGUCUUAAAGAAGAAGAGGAGGGAGCCAGCGGGAGGAGCCGUGGCAGUGUAACGCCAGAGCAGGUCCGGUGUUUACUUGUACCCUUUUGGAGCUAUCAGAAGGGCUGACGAAAGGGAAAUCGCAGCUCCGCAGCAAUAUUCUGAUAAUCCAUUGCCGUGCGGCUCACGCC